AAUGUGCUUAACUAAUAACAAGUUUGUUUGGUGUUUCAUACUAAUAACGGCAUUUGUAACCAUUACUAUAUGUGCAGAUACCGCGAUCUGCACUUCACAUUUUAAGAACAACACCGAAAAAUUGAUUUCGAAAAAUGAUUCAGAUGCAUUAAAUGAAUAUUGGCCACAGUUGGUAAAAGAAGUUGAGAUAUCCAAGCAGCUGAAAGUGUCUCCAGAUUUGGAGGAAAUUAAAAAUGAUCUGCUAUUGGCUCUUAAAUCGGCAUUUCCAAAAAACACAAUUGGUAUUGAUUUAUUUGGAUCACGUAUGACUGGAGUUGGGAAUGAAAAUUCUGAUAUAGAUAUUCAUGUGCAACUUGGUGAGAUUAAUAACUAUUAUUAA